CACACUCUCUCACUAAGUGCCUAAACAAAUAUUAUCCAUUACAUUUACAACUGUUAAUUUCCUCCCAAAAAUGGAGGGACAGAGUUUGUACUCACUAGUGUUUCUUGUGCUUGCUCUGGCCAUUGUGAACACAGUGCAUGGGCAAGGGACGCGUGUAGGGUUCUAUUCGAGUACAUGCCCACGGGCUGAGUUCAUUGUUAGGUCCACAGUUCAAUCCCACGUUAGGUCUGAUCCUACCUUGGCUGCUGGGUUGCUUCGGAUGCACUUCCAUGAUUGCUUUGUGCAAGGUUGCGAUGCUUCUGUUCUCAUUGCCGGUGAUGGAACUGAGAGAACAGCAUUUGCAAACCUUGGUUUACGAGGAUUUGAGGUUAUUGAUAAUGCAAAGACACAGCUCGAGGCUGCGUGCCCCGGUGUUGUGUCUUGUGCUGAUAUCCUUGCUCUUGCAGCUCGUGAUUCCGUUUCUCUGAGUGGUGGACCGAAUUGGCAAGUGCCUACUGGACGCAGAGAUGGACGCAUAUCACAGGCUUCCGAUGUGAGUAACUUGCCUGCUCCUUUUGACUCUGUUGAUGUUCAGAAACAAAAGUUCGCAGCAAAGGGUCUCAACACUCAAGACCUCGUCACCCUUGUCGGUGGGCAUAGCAUUGGUACUACAGCAUGCCAAUUCUUCAGUAAUAGAUUAUACAACUUCACUGCAAAUGGUCCUGACUCUUCCAUCAACCCUUUAUUUCUUUCUCAACUUAGAGCACUCUGCCCACAAAAUAGUGGCGGUUCAAACCGAGUGGCUCUUGAUACGGGUAGUCAAACCAGAUUUGACACAUCUUACUUUGCUAAUUUGAGGAUUGGCCGUGGAAUUCUGCAGUCUGAUCAAGCACUUUGGAAUGAUCCUUCCACGAAGUCAUUUGUACAGAGGUACCUGGGCGGCUUCAAAGGCUUGCUUUUCAACGUGGAAUUUGCAAAGUCUAUGGUGAAGAUGAGCAACAUUGAGUUGAAGACCGGUACUGAUGGUGAAAUUCGCAAGAUAUGUUCUGCCAUUAACUAGCUAGCAUGUUAAAAUAAAUGUAUACAUUGCUUAGGAGAAGCGUGGUUUUAUUUGUCUUUGUUGAAGUGUAUGAUAUGCAUUUGUAGUUUGUUUUUUCUUUUUCUUCUUUUUUGGCUGGUGAGACUAAAUGUUUCCAAAGUGUAAAAGUUUACAGAAAAUGUUAUAGAAUAAAUAGUAACUUUUUUUCUUUUUCCAUGAAA